GCAGCCUGGGAUAGAAAGAAUUAUCGCUUCCAUACAGUCUUAGUACUCAGCUCAGAUCAGCUACUUGGAGAAUCACUGAAUUGAACUUUUGAGGGGCGUUUUUUUCGAUAGGUCCUUCCAUUUCUAUCGUUUCAACCAUGGCACAAUCGGGCUCCUUCUGGGCCGUCUUCGUUGUUGUAGCAAUUCUUGGUGUUGCUGCAGCAAAUGCUCAGCUUUCACCGACCUUCUACGCAACUAAGUGCCCAGGUGCCGUUGCUAAGUCAGCUGAGGUGGUUAGAACGUGGAUUUUGAAGGACAGGAGUAUGGCACCUGCUCUUCUUCGCCUGCAUUUCCAUGAUUGUUUCGUCAGAGGCUGCGAUGCAUCGGUCCUAUUGGAUUCGACCAUAGCUAACAGCGGAGAGAAGGACGCUGACGGUAACAAGAAUUCUCUCAGAGGCUUUGAGAUUAUUGACGACGUCAAGGCCAAAAUUGAGGCUUUGUGCCCAGGCGUUGUCUCUUGCGCUGACAUCCUUGCUCUUGCUGCCCGAGACGCCAUGCAAGUGUUCGGAGGACUCAACUAUACCGUUCCUUUGGGCCGAAGGGAUGGUGUCAGCUCAUUCGCAUGGGAAGCGAACAACAACUUGCCUCCUCCUUUCGCCGACUGGACGAAGCUGAUGAGCAUAUUCUCCACAAAGGGUCUUUCCAGCAAGGAUUUGGUUGUUCUCUCAGGUGCCCACACCGUUGGCUUUACGAGGUGCUCGACCAUUCAGUCAAGACUCUACAACUUCUCUACUACCAUCCCUACCGACCCAACACUCGACCCAUCGUUCGUUCCUCUGUUGAAGAGCAGGUGCAAGUUUGGAUCUUCAGGCAUCGUCAUGAUGGAUCUCUCCAAGACUACAGACACCUGGGACUUCAACUACUACUCGAAUGUCCUGAAAGGAAGAUCUCUCUUCCAGUCUGACGAUGCUCUCAAGAGAACCACCGAGGGUCUGAAGCUCGUUCAGGCAGAGAACAAGGCAGGAGGCCCAUUCUCUGCAGACUUUGCAGCUUCCAUGAUCAAGAUGGGAAACAUCCAGGUACUCACUGGUACCAGCGGACAAAUCCGCAAGAAGUGUCGCGUCGUGAACGCUUAGAUUAGCAGUCAGCAGAAUCAGCUGAAGGAUUUUAGAAAUUGCAGUUAACUUCACUUUUUAGAAUAUUCAUCGUUCCCUGGAGUUCAUGGUUAGCAUUUAUAUUAUGACCACGGUUUCAGCGCGGGGAGCUACUAGUUGAAAUUUAGACGCACAUUCAUCCAGAUCUUCAAACUAGAUCAUAACAUUUUUAGAAAUUACUCAGCUCGGCGGCUGAUAGAUAUCAAUCACUACGACCGCUGAGGACUCAAGUCAUCAAUGUGGAAGGGUGACUGAAUUAGUGUCGUCCUUAGCCAAGAGUCUUGGAGGAUCUCACAACGAUUUUAGUGAUUCGAAGUGAGUUAGAGUCUACCAAGCAACAAUCAUAUUAACCGGGUGAUCAGUAUGGAUACGCUUCCACUUCAUUCCGCUGUGUCACCUGAUCAGCGUUUUACCUUCAAGAGUGUUCUCUGUUGGCUCGAAGGAAAUCAGAAGACGAUGUAAUAAAUCGAUAUGGACUCAAUUGGAAGGAAU